AUGACUGUGGACGUCGCCUGGGACGAGUUUCAGAGACUGGGUCGGUCCCGCAAGUACAAGGGGUGCUAUCUUCACAUUCUCACCGGUGAUCCCACGGUUCGGGACAACGAGGGGUUCGAAGGGACCUGGAUCGGCUUACUGGAACGGCACACAGACGAACAGGCACAGUCACUUGGCUCUGUUUUGAGCUUGGAAAAGAACGAUGUUGAAGAGAACUUGGGAGACAACACUGAAACGAGCUUGCUGAAAGGCCAGCCAGCAGCCAAGGGAGACAAGACUCUAAUUCCAAGCGACCAAAGCACCAAUCUGGGCUCGCCCAUAACCACGAGUAGAGAUAGUAUCGAGGGCUAUGCCAAACCCGAUAAUCACGCCGAACAAACGACUGAGAACAACGGCGGUGGGGACGACAGCGGCGACGAAAACAGUGACGACAACAGCGAUUCUGAACCAGAAGCCCUCGACGCUGUGUUGCAGUCCCCAAGAGCCUCGAAAGAACUCGCCUUUUUCCUCAAGACUUUGCGAUCUCAAGUUCUGCAUAGGCGAGAAUACCUGAAGGCAGAUCACUGCAGCAAUGUCUUUUUCUCCGACUUGUGGCAUCUUUUCUCGCCAGGUAUUGAGGUCAUCCGAAGCGAUAGGAAACAAGCUUACCGUGUUGUUCAUGUCACAAGCACAAAGCACCGUAUGGUGUCGGCUUUCGAAAAAUGGGGCGGUCGUCCGGGUGUCCACGUCGACGUUGAUGAUGAGAACAAGAAGAGACCAAGACCCAAUUUCCGCAUCACAUGCGUGUACAUCGACUUUGAUGGCAAGGUGUUCGGACCAGUAGCAGAAACAUUCGACAUCAAAUCAUUCGAGGGGCAACGAGAGAUUACCUCCUUCGAAGUCUUCCCAUUACGACUUUUGCCCACACUUAGAGAUGGGCUUGACGAUGCUGAGCGGGACACGCCGUCCAAUCUUCAACCGGCCACCCGCUUCAGACAAAAGCUUAUCAAUCGGGGCAAGAAUUUUCUUGAAGCCAUCAAGAAGAAGCAUAUGUACUACGCUGGCCCAACUUUGGACACUCGCGAAGAAAUCGAGGGGCAAGUUGUUGUGGAUUUCGAGGCUGCCUUCUCCAUUGAAGAGGAUCCGGACCUGCCCUCUGAACAACCGCGGAUCAGAUCCUUGCUCAAUCUUAAGCUGGACGAUUAUGCUGAAGAAAGACCUUGUCAGGCCGAUUGCUGCUUUGUUGAAAAAGUUUACGAUGAUACGGCAAUCGACCUGAGACGAGGAAUGGAGUACAUCAACAGCCUGCUACCCAAACCAGGUGGUCAAGAUCCCGCAUCGGUUCUCAUUCUCCCGCAGACACUAGAGGAGCUCCAGACACGUGCAAGUCACGACAAGUUUCUCCUUCCGGAUAGCGAUCUACUGAUAUUAUCCUACAGAGUCAUUGGGUUUCUGCUUCGCAAUCGAAAAUUCGCUCAGUUGGAUUUGGCUUUUCUCUCUGAGAUACAAUUGCGAACCUUGAGCUCGGUCCCUGACAACAAACAUGAUGCAAGCCACACGCAAGAGGACAGCAGCACUGGAUCUGCCGCAGCUUUUGACCGCCUCGUUUUGGAGGAGGGGCAUAGGUCCAUGAUCGAGUUGUUGAUUGCCCAGCAUUUCAGGGACAAAGAGUCUAAGGGGGAUCCGAAUGAUCAAUACGACGCAGUUCGAGGGAAAGGCAAAGGCUUGAUAUUAUUGCUUCACGGAGCACCCGGGGUGGGAAAGACAUCGACUGCAGAGGGGGCAGCAGAGCUUUUCGGCAAGCCACUGUUCCAAAUCACAUGUGGCGACUUAGGCACCACUGCGAAAGAAGUCGAACAUGCUCUCGAGAAAAACUUCGCUCUCGCAAAUCGAUGGGAUUGUAUCCUGUUGCUCGAUGAGGCCGAUGUCUUUCUUGCAGAGAGGACCAGAGAAGAUUUCAAGAGAAACGGACUUGUGGCAGUCUUCCUUCGUGUGCUCGAGUACUACACCGGAAUUCUCUUCUUGACGACCAAUCGCGUCGGCGAUUUUGAUGAAGCGUUCACGUCUCGUAUCCACAUGAGCCUGUACUAUCCCGACCUCAGCCGGGACAAAACCCUACAGAUCUUCGAGAUCAACCUGAAGAUGAUUGCCGAGCGCUUCGCGCGCAAGGAGAGGAAGAUCGUGAUCGACCAACUGGGCAUUGGCGCCUUUGCCUCUCAGCACUUCAUCGACAAGCCCGACGCGCGUUGGAACGGUAGACAGAUCCGCAACGCCUGUCAGACGGCUUUAGCGCUUGCUGAGUUCGAGGCCCAGGGCAACAGCCAUAGGAAGAUUCUCAAGCCGGACGCCGUUGUCCAACUCACUGUCGAUCACUUCAAGACUGUACGCAACGCGUAUCUCGAGUUCACCGACUACAUGAAAAUGGUCUACGGCACCACCGCGGCUAGAAAAGCCGAAGAGGGCAAGGUCCGCGCCAUCUUGGUUGACGAGAACAAUAAUUUCGUCGGGAGCGUCGGCGGAGCCGGCCGUCUUGACAGAAAGGCUGCUUACGCACAGCAAUCCAAGGCCCCUCUCUACGCCAGUGAGCACCAGCCGCAGGAGAACGCCCAGUUCCAACAACACCAGGCAUACCAUACAGGGGGCUACCAUCAGACCGGGCACUACCAAACGCCGCCGCACGGCUAUCAUCAGUCACAGGUCUACCCAAGGCCCGAGUCAUUCGGUGCCCCAUCGCAACCUCAAUCAGCCCAAUACCCAAGCACUCCUCCAAGUCAGACCUCUCGUGGCACUCCGUUUCCAACUCAUAUGCAAGAAUCCCAGGUUCCUGGUGAAUUUGGUCGAAGUCAGCGUCCUGUGAGCUCCGACAAUUCCUUCAGAGAAUCACAAGGACAGUUUGACAUCCAACAGGGCCAGUAUGCUCCGCAGCAGCAAUCCAAUCCUCAAUGGCCCAGCAGAAGUGUCCAAGAUGCGUAUGAUCUGUCAGGUGGACCACGCCAGGGACUGCCAAGCCAUUUGACACCGUCCAGAGGAUCUGGGACAUCUGGGAUGUAUGGGCCGGGGCCCGAGCAGCAGCAAGAACGUCCGCCUGGUGUUUAG